AUGGAAUACCUUUACCGAUGGAUCCUACGCGACGACACCUUUGCCGAGGAGGUGUACAUCAAGUACAACUUUACCAAACUAAGAACGCUCGGCAUUUACAAGGACGCAUCGAAGACGCGGCUAGCCCGCCGGGCCGGAUUCUACGCGCUCGAGCUCUUCUUUCUGCUGCAGCUCGGCACCAUCGUGUGGGAUUUGGCCACCGUGCUGGGCGACAUCGGGCUGUUCGGGGACGACAUGUGCAUCCUGGCGGGGUUGCUGCUAACGCUGGCGAAAAAGUGGCACAGCGUGCUGUACAUUGACGAGCUGUGGGAGUGCGUCGAGCAGAUGCAGACGUACCACGAGCACUACUUGCUGCAGGGCGAAUGGUUUGUGCGGCGCAUGAGACACCAGAACUUGCAAGAGCGGAUGUUGCAGGAUGCAUCCAAGCUGCUCGCCACGCUGCUCGCCAGCUGUCUGAUGGUGAACGCACUCUUUUCCAACGGCGAAACGCUUAUCCUGCGUGCCAUCUAUCCCUUCAGCACGGCCACCACGGUUGGCUACGGGUGUGUGUUCGUCUGUCAGGCCUUUCUGAUCGUCUACGUACUGUACAGCAUGGUGCUGAUCGAUUGUAUCGGCGCGCAAGCGCUCAGCCAGAUGGCGCUACUGUUCUGCAUGCAGCGCAAACAGUUCGAGCUGAUCGGGGCCGAUCUUCAGCUGCCCCCCGAGGGCCCCCUCCACGGAGACCGGUCGAUACGGGACCAGCUGUACAGUGCGAUAGCUUCACACCAGCAGUUGCUGUCCUUUUGCAAUCGCUUAAAGCGCCUGUACGAACCAAACAUUAUGGCCCAGUUUGUGUGCAGCAUGCUCAUCAUCUGUCUGACCGCGUUCGAGCUGAUGUUUGCCAAGGGCGACCCGAUGCAGAUGGUGCGCUUCGGUGCGUACAUGCUGGCCGGCUUCUAUCAGGUCUUUGUGUGGAGCUUCUUCGGCAACCGUGUCACCAAUAUGUCAACAGGCAUCAGCGAUGCAACGAUCAGCUGCAACUGGAUCGUGCUGGCGGACGGGCUGAAGAAGGACCUUCGCUUCACGACCAUGCGCUCCCAGAAGCCGUUCGUCAUCGACGUGUACUGGCUGUUUCCGCUGACGUACGAAACGUUCAUCGCGAUACUUAGCCGGUCCUAUUCGAUAUUUACGCUGCUUCGUACGAUGAUUGAGUGAACCGGCACGGACGCCAAAGGGCAGCAAAGCUGUGUGGGGAGCAAAGAUUGUUAUUUUUGCCCCCGGGGUCGUGUUUGUUUGUGGAACAACAACAAUAACAACCGACAAGGAGAAAUUUAAACCGCAUCGGCGCGUGUAUUGCGCGCUAUUGUAGCAUGCCUUCGCUAUGCUUCAUGCCCGCACGUUGAAACCGAUCACCGAGUAUGAGUUGCGUUGAAAAGUAAUGGAACGGAGCAGAAUCCUUAGUAAUUAUUUCUUGCGAAAAAUGUGUUAAUGCUGUUUUGCUGGAGAGAAAUACGAAUAGCGAACUUGUGUAGGUUUAGAAAAAGAGGGAUUUUCCCCAAGAAAACACAAAUAUUGAACAGUAAACGGUUCAGUUUUUCGCCUUUGUUAGAUAUCAGUUUUGUUUCUGUUUGAUAUGUAUUCCAUUCAUUCGAUUAUUCGUCCUCCGUUUCAAAUACCGGACUACCGAAUGGGAGCUAGAUUUAAAUUGAAUUUAAAACUCAACCAACGAAGCUCUAAACGUCGACAAAGUGUCAAACAAAAAACCGACCAUAAAUACACCUUCGCGAUAGCUUAAAUCAACAUACCCCUUUGUGACUCGUGUGCAUAUACACUCUGCCAGGAACACACUGCACACUGCCACUCCUGUUGUUGCUGCUACCUGAGCGUUGUGCAGCGUGCAAACUUUCUUCACCAUUACAGCGGGCAAUAAAAUGGGUUGAAAUAGUUUUUAAUUUGUUUCCUCUUCGAUUCCUCCACCGUUCUACGUGACAUCGGAAGAACUGGCAAGGAGCAGAUGACUCCAUCGUCGCAUCUUUGUAUCGCAAAAGCGUUACGCAAAAGCACAACGGCAGAA